CUGCCUUGUGGGAGGAGCUUCGCCGCGAUGAUCUUCCAGCGCAGCAGCUCUGACUGCACACUGCAAGUAUGGCCGGGGACAGUGAAACACAUCUAAAGGAUCGUGGCGAGAACACCACCAUUAUUCGUCAACCUUUCCUCAUCGGUGUCUCCGGGGGGACCGCCAGUGGCAAGUCGUCAGUAUGUGAGAAGAUCAUGGAGCUGCUGGGCCAGAACAAGAUUGACCACCACCAGCGUCAGGUGGCCAUCCUCAGCCAGGACAGCUUCUACAAGGUGCUAACUCCAGAGCAGAAGGCCAAGGCCGUUAAGGGCCAGUUCAACUUUGAUCAUCCAGAUGCCUUUGACAAUGAGCUAGUCAUGCAAACACUGCGACAGAUCCUGCAGGGGAAGACUGUCCAGAUUCCUGUUUAUGAUUUUGUCACUCAUUCCAGGAAGGAGGAGUUCGUUACAGUAUAUCCAGCCGAUGUGGUCCUGUUUGAAGGCAUCCUCAUGUUCUAUUCCCAGGAAAUCAGAGACCUGUUUCAAAUGAAGCUUUUUGUCGAUACAGAUCCAGACACACGGCUUUCACGCAGAGUUCUGAGAGACAUCAGCGAGCGUGGCAGAGAGCUGGAACAGGUGCUGGCUCAGUACAUCACAUUUGUGAAACCAGCCUUUGAGGAGUUCUGUCUACCAACAAAGAAGUAUGCAGAUGUGAUUAUUCCCCGAGGAGCAGACAACCUUGUUGCCAUCAACUUGAUAGUUCAGCACAUUCAAGACAUUCUGAACGGCGGACUAAGCAAACGUCACAACGGCUGUAUGAAUGGCCACAGUACCCCACGCCAGAGGAGGACCUCAGAGUCCAGCAGCCGGCCUCAUUGACCCCAUCGCACCUCUCUUCUCAGGGCGGAGAGGGGUGUGCGGGUGGCGCUGUAAAUAAUGCCUGUUGGCAUCACUGUAUUUAAAAAAGAAAAAAACAGAUGCAAGAAGAAUUGAAAUGCCUUUUAUUAUAAUUACGACUACUCUUGUUAUUGGUUACUUUAAUUGUAAUUGUUAGGAUUUAGAUUUUGUCCACAGGGUAAGAGAUUCUCUUGUUAUUCUUGUGAUGAGACCAUGGGUUAAAACAGUCCCCAUGCAUUUUCCUCCCAGAUUGCAUUUUGUUUUUUAUGUAUCCCCUGCUGCUUCAUGGAAUAAUUCAUGCCGCUAAUGAAUAAAAAAGGGGAAUCCUUUUUAUUGCUUUUUUGUAAUGUCUGAGAAAACUUGAACCCCUAAAGUCUGGGGAGUCUAAUAAAUGUUAUGAAGGUUUCCAAAUGAGGAUGUGCAUAAGAAGAAGAGCCGAAGAAACCAAGAUUGCAACCUGUAUUUGUACUGACAAUCUUGGGGAUGUUUUCUACACCUUGUUUUUCAGUGUUUAUGCUCCUUCAUUGUAUUGUGUAGUGUAAAGUGUUACACUAGGUCUGUUUACCACACAAAGUGUCCACUACAUUGAUUCUGUGUUUGCAGCAGCAGGAAACACUACACAAUUUUCCAAUACUGAUUGUCACAUGCAGAAUAAUGUGACAAGACCAAUGAAGCCGAAGGCUGAAAGUUCAAACGACUAUU